AUGGAUUUCGAAGAAAUUAAACUAUUUUAUACUUCAAAUCUCAAUACAUAUUAUACUGCCGGUGAAACCAUUUUACCAUCACCAGUAGCAAUGCAAAAAACGAAAAAAUGUCACGGUAACUUGAAAGUACAACGUAUACGACGACGAAAGCGUAAACAGACUUCAAAUGAUAAAAGAAUGGUAGAUUCGAAUCAUGAAACUUGUAGUAUGUUAAAUUUACAGUCAAACUCUUCUAAUAUGGAACUCAGUACAGAAAAUGUUAAUAGAACUUCGUUUAUGACUACAAUAGAGGAAUCGGUAAUAAUGAAAGUUAAAAUAAGAAAUGAUGAAGAAAUAAAACCUUUAAUCAUGAAUUAUUUACAUGAAAUCGAAAAGAAUCUUCAGCAAUGCAAUGAGAAAUUAACUAGUCAAAUGCUUCGUCGUCCAUCAACAUUAUCAUUAGAAACAAUAGAUAAUUCUCUGAAAGAUUUUGUCAAACUUCAUCAAAAACGAUUUACGAAAAAAAUUAAUUGUCAAAAAGCUAAGUUAACAGCCAAGCUACACGAUAAUCAUCUAUGGCUAAAACUUUCAUCAUAUCAAAUGACUAUUGAACAACUUGAACGAAUUGAACGACUUAUGUCUAUACAACACGAACAAAUACAACUUUAUGAAGAGCUACUUAUGUUAGAGCAACGAAUUCUAUGUAGAUUAUUACCUAAGUCAUUCGAUGAUAUUUCUAUUCACGAAAUCAACUCAGAAGAAAAUAAUACUUUCUCAGAUUUAAGAAUGAAAGAAAAAAUGGUACGAAAAAUUAAACGAAAUAUGCUCAAUGAUUGUAUUUACAGCUAUGAACAAAAGAUUCUUCUUACUGAACAACAAUAUCAGCAAGAAUUAACUAUAUUUGAGAAUAUGAGUUCAAUGAGCAAUGCUGACGGCUACAAAAUGUCUUUAUUGACUUCACUGAAAGCUUUUUUAGAAAAUCGGAUACACCAAAUGAAACAGUCAUGUCGUUUUAAAAUGACUUUCUUUCGUAGCACACUUUUUCGUCGUCGUACUCGUUUAUUAUCAACUCAAAAUAAAAUUACUGAAGUAUAUCCACAAACUAUUAUCGAUGUAUCUAACCUUCCGUUCAAUGAUAAAGAAUUAUCAUAUAUUUCUGAAACAGGUCCAAGCUAUAUUCGACCGAAUCAAAGUGCUCUACGUCCUUAUCAGCAACGACUCCUUCGCGUACAACAAGAUCAUGAUUAUCUAAUGAAACAAGUAGUACAUUAUCUUUUCAGUUAUUGUUAUAUACCGUCCAAUGCAAGUGUAAUUAAACAGCUAUCAAAUCAAUUGAAAGAUCGUUUAACUUUUCGACAUAUGUCAGCCAUACCUAUCUAUGAUGAUAUACGCGCACAUCAUGAGCUUCAUCUCGUGCAAACUAUUCGACGAAAACUUAAAAAAGCAAAACUUGUUCUACGUCCAACAGAUAAAAGUGGUGUUUUUCAUAUAGGUUCACUUAGUGAUUAUGAGCGCAAGAUCAUAGAAUAUCAAACAAAGACAAGAGCAUAUAUUGAAUUAUCAGAAAAUCCAUUAUCAGAAAUUUUAAAUAAAGUAACUCAUUUACUUAAUGAAUUACUUUCUAAGAAGCAAAUUACCAUCAAAAAACAAUAUAAUAAAAUGAUGCCUGAUAGACACAAAGUGGAAUUAUCACAUAUGUAUUAUCUUCCAAAAGUACACAAAGUAAUAUUUAUAAUUGACUUAUUCCGUUCUAUAAUUGUUUUACUAUUCGCUUUGAUGUGUUUUUUCUUUUUGCAAAAACAGCCAGCUACACCACUUCAUCCAAUAAUGAACACAAUAAAAGCACCAACGGCUGGUAUUUCACGAUUCUUAGAUCAAUUGAUUCGCCCAUUGUUUUACAAACAUGCACGAUCAACCACCAUUGUUGACGGCAGUGAUCUUAUUCAGCGACUCCUUGAUUAUGUAGCUAUAGGACGUCUCAAAACGUCAACAUUGUUCUGUACAUUCGAUAUUAUUGAUCUCUACACAAUGUUGCCACAAGAAGAAUCAUUAAAUGUUCUUUGUGAAUUCCUCAUCGAACAUGGUUACAGGAAGAUUGAUGGUAUUCCAAUAGAUGCCAUACGAAGACUAGCUUGUUUAGUAUUAACAGAAAAUGUAUUCGUUGAUGGAUCAAAAAUAUAUCGACAAAUCUUAGGUGGAGCAAUGGGUUCACCUUUCACAUUCACAUUAGCAAAUAUAUUCAUGUGGAAAUGGGAAAAAGAGCUUUUAUCUCAACUAUCUGAUGUUGUAGAAAUAUAUGGCCGGUAG